AUGGCGAGCAAAGGCAAAGAGGUUGCUGCUGCUGCUCCUCCUAGCAGCAGCAAGGAGACGACGCCUGCCAACCCGCGCGGCAUCCCCCAGGCGCCGUUUGUCGACAAGGUCGAGGACUAUGUCACCAGCAGAGAGGAGGUCGAGCCCACGCUCCGGCGCUUCCAGGAGAUGAUCUCAAAAUACCAAUUCAUGGAGGUCAACCUGCAGCGCCGGCUGGCCGGCCUCAAGGACAAGAUGCCCGACAUCCAAAAGACGCUCGACACGGUGCGCUUCCUCAAGACGAGGCGGGGCCGCCACGGCCACGGCCACGGCCACGGGGGGGAGGAGGAGGACAGCGAGGAGGAGCCCGUCGAGCCCAUCGAGACGACCUUUGAGCUCAACGACACGCUCUACGCGCGCGCGCAGGUGCCCCCCACCGACGAGGUGUACCUCUGGCUCGGGGCCAACGUCAUGCUGGCGUACCCCAUCGACGAGGCGGAGGAGCUGCUGCAGCAGAAGCUCACGGCCGCCAAGACGAGCCACAAGAACUGCGAGGAGGAUCUGGAUUUCCUCAGGGAGCAAAUAACGACCAUGGAGGUCGCGGUCGCGAGGGUCUACAACUGGGACGUCGUGCAGAAGCGCAAGGAGAAGGGCGAGGAGGACGGCAAGAGCAAAGACAAGGAGAACGGCGGCUCGCCCAACGGUUAA